GGCAUGUAUUCAAGCAGAAAAUUUAACAAAUUUCUGACGAUUUGUUGGUCUGAUUGAUCAUUGAUGUAUGAGUCCCUCUCUGCGCGGGUGUGUGCAGGUUUUAAAUAAGAGCCCCCUCUCGUCCUCCGUUUCCCCUUCCUCAGGACGAAGGAGAGGAAGCCCUGCUCAAGAACUGUUCUUCCCGUUUCCCUCGGGGAAAAAGAUUAGCAGAAAAACCCACGCUUCCAACUUGUAUAAAUACCCAAACCCCAUCACCCAAGAGCAGCAAAAUCGAGCAUAAAGGAGACGCCUUUCCGGGAGUUCCCCUCCCAAAGUUGCAUUAUUGGGUUUUUCGAUCCGGGGGGCCUCUGUUCUUGUGGGUGGUUUCCGGUGAAAUUUUGAGUCCUUUUUGUUGGUCUAGAUUCUUGGUGUGGUUUCGUUUCCUUGUGUUGUUUCUUCUUCGUUCUUGCUGUGUACCUUCCCAUUCAUUGAUCGGAAUCCGUCGCCGGCGGGCUUCUUGUCUGAGUUUCUUACGUUGCUGGGAGAAAGAGAGGGAAUAAUGAGUAGUAAAAUUUUGGUUUUCGAUAAAAUCUGAGACUGGGGCAAUGUAGUAGAAGCAGCCAUUAUAGCCGGAGUUUGAUCCAUCCAAGAAGACCGCUUUCUGGGACUCCCGAGGCGCGCGGGAUGCUGCGCAACAGAUCGAGAAGAGCUGUUGCUGCCAAGCAAGGAGGAGGCCUCAUGUCCGAGCCACCGGUCAGUGCCACUAGCGCCCAAUCCCCGAGGCACCCUUCUUCCGUUGUUGCUGCUGCUGGUUCCGCGCUCCCUUCCCCGAGGCCGUUCAUGGCGAUGGCGCUGCCACAAGCCGGGUUCGUUGACGGUACGGAGGGCCCCUUGUCGGCCAUGAGCCCCACCUCCAUUCUGGAGACCACGCAGUUCUGCUGCUCCCCGCUGCCCCCGUUCUUAUCGGAGAGGAGCCUGAGGAGAGCGCAUAUGCACGCGGCCGCUCCGGAGCCGGCUGGCGUCGGCCUCGCCGACGUGCUCCGGGAGCACGGGGACGCCAAGAUUGGCGGCGGCAAGGUGGUGUUCGGGUCGCAGCUCAGAAUCCAGGUCCCCUCCGGCAGGGCGGUUGAGCUGGUGUCCUCCCCGAUCGAGUUCGGCGUCAAGAACAGGGACGCGCAGCUGGCAGUGCUGUCGCCGGCCUGGAGGUUCCUGCCGGAGGUGGUGAGCUCGCCGUCCGCCCGGGUGUUCGCCGGGGGCGUGUCCCCGGGGGAAAUGGCGAUGUCGGAGGACUACACCUGCGUGAUCUCGCGCGGCCCCAACCCGAGGACAAGGCACAUAUUCGAUGACUGCAUAGUUGAGAGCUGCGGGGAUGUGCUUGUGGAGAAGAUGGACAAGGGGGCCGGCGCCGUCGAUGACGGCGGCGCGGCUGUAGCGAGUGGUUUCUUGAGCUCUUGCCAUGCAUGCAACAAGCAACUUGGGCAUGGCAAUGACAUCUUCAUCUAUGGAGGUGAUAAAGCAUUCUGCAGCAGUGAGUGCCGGUACAAGGAGAUGCAUUUUGACGAAGCAGUGGACAAUUUGCGCUAGCUGAAGGAUGAAUGGGUCGUUUCAUAAGAGGAUGUUAGUGGAGGAAAGGCAUGAUCCUAAAUAACCUAGACGAGACUUCUUUUUUCUUCUUUUGUUCUGUCAUCUUUGCAAGAUUGGAUGCUGUUUUUGGUCAAUGGAGGAGGGAAUGAUUUAGUCUUUUUUGCGGAUUAAAGACCUUUGCCCACUUUUGUAAGAGGUUGAAGAUUGACGACCUGGGCUUCUUGUUCGUAUGACUUUCUGGUUAGUUGCAAGUUGAUGCUCCUGAUGCAAGUUAUGUUUGGCAAGAUAUGGUCUUAUAAACUCUGAAUGGAUUCCAAAGUAAAUUGAAAAUUUUUAUCCCCUUCUCUUUGUGAUUUAUUCAGCCAAAACAAAACUAUUGGGUCGGUCAUCAUACUGUGUGCAUGCUUCAGAAUCAGAUUUGUAUCUAUCUGUUAAAAGGAAGAUGGACAGGAAAAAAGCACAACUUUUUCAGUGAUUCAGGGGACAAAAGAAGAGCUAGGCCAUCGGCAGCCAUCUUGAGAAAAGGUUCAUAGGUUGGGUGGAGCUUGUAGCAGCUAGCCAUGGGGGCCUGCCUGAGCCAAUCACUUGUAAUAAACUGCAACAGCCUCCGCAAGAACAUUUAGAGCUCAACAACCCUUAAUCAUCAUAGUGUUUCUGUAAUUGGAGUGCUGGAGUGUGCUGGACCAACGCGAUUAUGAUUUGUCCUGUCAUUGUUUAUGGGUUCAACAUACUUUGCUCUGUGGAUGAUUUGAUUCUUCCAUUUCUUUUUUCCUUUGCUUUUGGUUGCUGCGGUGCUA